AUGUACUCUUACCAUUUGUAUUUUAUUUUGAACAGGACUGUUGGCUGUAAGUGUCACUUAGUGGAUGAAGUGAACACAGUAUAUGCAGAACAUAAUGGUGUAACAGAUCGGAAAAAUGCUGUCAUGAGGGAGCUGUAUAUAAACGGUUUAUCACAUGGAAAACCAGUUGGUAUACAGACUCCUGAAGAGUGGGACUUGGCACUGGAAAACAAAAAGAAUAGCUUGCCUCUGCUAGACAAAUUUAAAGUGACGAAUGUAGACACGAGGGCAAACAGUAUCGAUAAUUCAUCAUUAUCCAAGACCACAAAUAGGACAGAAAAAGAUCCAAGGUUGGAACUUGUAUCUGGGGUUGAUAUGUUUGGAGAAACAACUUCUGAGAACUACAGUUCCCCUUCAAGCCCCCGGCUUAAUGGGAGGGAAAGUUUUGAGAGUGAAGAAAAGGACAGAGGCUGUGACAGCAUCUGUGAAGAAUUUAUGAAGCUGGAAAAUAAAACCGACUUUAUUAGCUGCCAUGGCACACGUGUGGUUACUGGUAGGCCAACUGCUCAGGUUGCUCCAGUGUUUAAUGACAGUGGAACUUGUUCUGAAAUUUCCUUGAAUGCUUCAGAAUUCCAGCACACUGCAGUCAAGUCGUGUUCACAGUGUAAUGUGCAAAGUGGUGCACAGGAAACGGAACAUGAUGGCUCAUGUUCAGUAGCAACUGUGGACAGAAAACCAAGUGAAAUGCAUGUGGCUGAUGCUGUCUGUUCCUCUGAUGUAACAGAAGCCCCAGUGUUGUCAUUCAGCAGAUCAGGUAAAGAAGCUGAACUUGCAUCAUCAUCAUCUUUAGUAGGUCCAGCUGCUUUUGUCACUCGUGCUGUCCAGGCAGGAUGCUCACAUCAGGCUCAGACGAUCAGGAUGGCUACAUCACAUUUGGACUCCAAUGUUUGUACAACUAUGGGCCUCCAGCCCCCUGGAAGUACUAAUCAGGGAUCGAGUACAGUCUUCAUCUCUGUACAGCCAGGAAAUAUGCCAGAAUCCCCAUCAGUUGCGUCUGACUCCACCCCUACAGCUGUGGUCACAAAUGCGUUUGGACUGUCUUCUCUUUUAUCUCAGAAUGAGGGAACCUCAGGAAUGAAUCUUCAGUCAAACAAUUUAAAAGGACUUGUUGCAUCACCUGGUUUACCAGGUACUCCAUUUGCUUAUGCCCUACCAGGAGCCUUAUUUCCCACCAGUGUUUUGCCCACACAAAGUACUGGCAUAUUAAACAGUACAGCAGCUGCUUCUCCACCUCCUCCUGCUGUUGCUGUAGGCCAAGUCCAGUCUGGUAGUGCUGUGUCUGUUCCUGUUCAUACACCUGAUCCUGCCCAUAGUCCCUCCUUAACAUACAGUGCUGCUUCAGGUGAGAAUGCAUCUUACAUAAAUUGCCUUGGAAAUAGUCCAAACAGGACAGUUCUCCCACAACAGCCAGUAGGUUCUGGGGCUUGCAAUUCCUGUGGGCGUGGAUGUAGUUGUGGAACUAGAAGUGGUGACAUGAAUUUUUACUAUCCUGCUCCACAGGGACAGCAUUACAGAUUACAGGUCUUCCCUUUUCCAUCAGUGUGCAACAGUAGCUACCUCAGUCAAGCACAUCAGAACAGUGGAACACAGCUUCCUUUUUUUCUUCCCCAGGCACCAUAUGCAAAUGGACUUAUUCCUGACCCAUUACUGGGAAGUCAGGCCAGCUAUGGAAUCCAGCAAAUGGCAGGGUUCCAGCGUUAUUACUAUCCUAUGUUUCAGGCUCCAGUUGUAGUCCCUAAUGCAAAUGGUCUUGUACCCAAGAAGAAUGGAAUUAUGUCGUGCUGUAAUUGUGGUGCAAGUGGACACUUUUCACCAGACUGCAAACAGCCACCUAUGGAGGCCAGUCAGCAAGGUGAGAAUAUCGGAUACAGCCCAGGGAUAGUGCUGCAGAUGCCAUGUGCUGAAGUAUAAUUACUAGCCCCCCUCCAAAAAAAUAAGGGGGGGGGCUUUUAAGAAUGUAUGUAUGUAGUGGCCAGUGUGUUAUAUUUUUUGGCACUGUUAAAACUGAUUUUACUGGAAUUAUCAACAUUUUUGUGUAACUUAAUUUAGUUCAACAAUUUUGUAAAAUUUUUCAGGUAUGCCCCCCUUAGGACCCUUUUUAAGAAACUCAACUGUAUUACUGUAAAACAAAAUACAGCAGCGGUUUUAAAUAAGAACUUCUGGACUGACACCCACUGAUGCACUGUAACAUAGUUGAGCUAGACAAGGUGUUGUCUUUCUGUUCAUUUUAGCAGUGUCCACUGUGACCAGCUUACCUUUUAUUCAGUACAGUGCGCAUGUAUUAAAAUGGCUAUAUGUUAUUUUUUAGGGGAGGGAGUGGCAUAGCUUUUUUUAGAUGGUGAUUGGUGAGAUUCUGGAUUAUUUUCUGUAUGGGAUUCACAGGUUUUACAUUGUCACUGUCUUAAAGCAGGUCAGUUUGCCAUGCCGAUCUUUAAUUGCAUGCUGUACUUGACAUUGAAAGUCUUUUCUGCCUACAUCUCGGGCCAUAAGCAGAAUGUCCACCACCAGUAAGCAGCACUCCUUUUUCGAUUCUUGCCAGAGGCCUGUUCUAUUAAAAGCCAUCAUUAUCUGGGAGUUUAGCACCAUCUUCCCAGCUGUUUCUUGGCAUUAUAUCUCUGGUUAAAUGUAAUCAUAUUUUCACAGGAAUUUGCAAAUUUCAUCUCUGCAUCUUCAAUUAUCACCAUGUUUUUCUUUAGUCUUGUUAUAGAAAGAAAAUUUUUUCUACAAUGGAGCUUGUUUACAGUGACAUUUUUAUGUAUUGCGUGGGCCACCUUGCUUUGAUUCCAUGUUCUGCCAUGAAAUUGACUUCACUGUUAGUUGCUACAAGUGGGCCUUUACGUAAUGGCGAGUAGUCAUCUAGUUUUUACCACAUUUCUUCUUUAACCAGUCCUUUAAUCUGCAUUACCAAUAGAUAUUAGUAAAUGUUCUGCAUAAGACUUUUUAGACAUGGAAGGUGGUUUGUUUGAAAUCAUAGCUCAGUCCUGCAGGCCACUGCUGCUAGUUUGGCCCCUGUUUGCUAGGGAGACAUGGUUAUGACCCAAGACUUAAAUCACUGAUAUUAACUUUACCAGUAGGUCCCCUAGAAAAUGCAUCUGAAAUCAGUGCAGCAGGAGUGCCGUUUUCUUUUUCUCAAGUCCUGUGUGGACUGCAGCAUUGAUGCCUUUGAUAGCCUCUAGGGAUGGCAAGAAAAUCUAAUUAGGGUUCUCAUAGCAUUUACUGGCAAGUGUAGUCAGUUCACGUUUGGACCCAUUAUGAAUGCAAAAUUCAUUCCAUUAACCCUGUUUCGUUCUUUUCUGGAUGACCUGGCUAAAAUGUACAAACACUGAAUAAGAAUGCCUUGUUUUUUUCUUGCAAGGAUAUUCUUUAGCCCUGCUUUUUGUCACUCUUUCCCAGCAGUUUGAGAAUUCAAGGAUGCAACUUGCUUUUGGUCACGGAUGCAACUUGCUUUUGGUCACCAACUAUCAGAAUACUUUAACAGUGCACCUUGCCUUAGAAUCCACCUGGGUAGAUUGGAAGUCCUAAUCUCCUGGUUUGGUUACUAGUUUCAUGGCUGUAAUUUGGAGGGAGUGAUACUUAACAGAUCUCCACAGUUCUAAACAGCGCAACAGUUUAAAUGCUCUCACCACUGCUUUAUCCUUUCCAUCUAAAAGUUAUCUUUGUAAUAUUGUGUGUUAUGGCAUAAUGUUAGUCACCUUACUUUGGGAUAUUAUCUAGAGUGAGAAAGUAGUAAGGUUUUUCACCUUUACUGAUGUAAAGUACUGCAGUUGUGUGCAGGGAAACUACAGGUGGCUUUCAAAAAGGGUCAGUUAGAGAAUGUUACUCUGGUUGCAGUGCUAUUAGUGCAAGAUCCUUGUGUUAUCUUGCAAAUGUUCAUGUUAGGGUUUAGUAGUAUCUUUAAACAUCUUGUUGGACCAUAUCAAUACAGUAUAAUGUUCUUAACUCAAGCUUCACUUUGUCUAAUAAUUUUUAGAGACAGAAAUCUGUUAAAUCCUCUCUUCCAAUCUGCAGUACUUCAUACAAGGAAGCUAAUGGAGGAAGGCCAAGGGUCUAGUGAGUCCAGAUAAUUUGCUCCUCUACAACUGCACAUGCCUGUCCCCUGCCAUUUUGAAUUUCUGUUGAUGUGCAGUUCACUUACUCCGGCAAGUCAUUACAGGACCACUGUCAGUAAAUGAAAAUAUUUUCUUAUUCAACUGUAGUUUUGCACCUUUCCCCUAUACCUUUGCCUUUCUUAAGUUCUUGCCCUCAGCAUUGCCUGUAAUGCUGAAACCGUAAUCUGCAAUCUUAGUUACACCAGUUUCACAGGUAUAAUUUGGAGACAUAGUGACUCUUAAAAGAAGCAGAACCUGUGCUAAUCUUGGUAAUCCUGUUCAGUCUGCACUUUUAUUUAGUGUGUAGACACUGUUACAGGUGUCUUUACUAGUAUAGUAGAAUCCCUCAUUUUUCAUGCAACCAUAAGUCUUGUGAGCC